UGCACCUGGCGGCCGGGAGGUGGGGCGAAAGGAGCGGGGUACUCGGCCUAGGAUCUCCUUUCCCCCGGAAGUGAAGGCGGGCUCAAAGGCCCAGCGUGGAGACGCCUGUUGCCAGGCAACACGCAGACGCGGGCCUGGGCUGGCCAGAGCCUUUGCCUGGAACUGUCUCCUUCUAGUUCGUCUCAAGGGAGUUCUCUCCGUGGAAUUGCUUCAUUUUAUACCUUUUCCAGCCCUUUCGUUUUGGACUUAGUCCUCACCCGGAUUGUUGGGUCAAUUCAGAGAACAUCAUGAGGCACCUUCCUUCAAGGUUUCAAAAGAGACACCUACACAUACACUGCAUGAUAAAUACAUGAACUUGAAUGGAUUUAGAGGCUAAAGGAGUUGCUGCUUCUCCUACAAGUCAAACUCAGCCACUCUCUGGAAGAAAGAAGCCACUACAACAAGGAUGGAACUCCAAAUCACGGGCAAUGGAGGAUCCUUGCCUUCCUGUGGUCCCACGACUUGAUUUGGGAAGCCUUGUUGACUCUGAUGAUGAGGAUGAUUUUUCAUAUAUGCCACUUAGUGCAGAACAUAUUCAUUUUAACCCAUCAAAUUCAUCUGCUUUUGGUUGGGUCACACCAUGUCACAUACCAUAUACUCAGCAUCAUCUAAAUGACCUGGAGCAGGACGUAAUACCUGAAAAUUUGCCAGCGCCAACAGACAAAUAUAAACUAAAAUAUCAGCAACAGAAAACUGAAAUGAAAGAGGGAUAUAAACAAUAUAGUCAGAGAAAUGCAGAAAAGACAGAGUCAAAUAUCACACAUCAGCAGACUCCAAGAAACAAGAAAGAUGACAAGUGUGUACAAGGUGCGGAAGCCAUCACAGAUGACCUUACAACUCUGGAUAGGAAAGCCCUCCUACAGCAGGGUUAUGCUGACAGCCCUUACAUCACACAACAGAGCACAAGAAAAUCUGACGCCGAAAUGGUGGCUGCAGAGAAGAAGAAACAGACUGUUGCAGAGCAAGUGAUGAUAGACCACUUGUCCCGGGCUGUAAUCAGUGAUCCAGAACAAAAUUUAACUACUGAGAAGCAAGAAAUUGCUCAUAUCCUUCCAGAUUCAAAGCUGGCACCUCUUCGAUUUAGGAAAAGAAUGCUACAUGAAACAAAGAUAAGAACCCAGUCUACAUUAACUGAAAGUAUGCUUUCUCAUAAAGUACAAUUUGAUGGUAGGAUCAUAUCAAGAAAUGGACGUGAUGCUUGCAGAGAGCUGGUUGGGUUCUUUUUUACUCAUGACCAGUCCCUUACAAUUUAUGAGUAUCGGCAAUUUGGGAAAAAUAGAACAAAUGUGCUUCCUUUUAUUCAAAAAAACAUUUAUUGUCAUCAGUAUGGACGAAGAAAAGGAAAACAAUACCAACUUGGUGAUUUUUAUAUUGGUGCAAACUUGACAUUUUUGAGCUCUGAUCAUCCCAGACUUCCAGAAAGUGUAAAAGAACACACAUUGCUUAUACUUCGAAUCACAAAUAUUGACCGGAGAGCUUUGGAUUCUCUCAAAACUGAUUCUGUGGAACGUGAUGUAACCAGUAAAGAAGGCAAUGAUAGGCUGGUUUUCAAGGCCAUUCAAGAUGUACUAAAAGAACAGCUACGUAAAAGAGGUGUUCGUAUUUUGACUGGAUUGGGAAAAUACCUUCAACAAUUGGACAAGGAAGGAAAUGGACUUUUAGAUAAGGCAGAUUUUAAGCAAGCUCUAAAAGUAUUUCACUUAGAAGUGUCCGAAAAUGAUUUUGAGUCUUUGUGGCUAGUUCUAAACGGUAAUGGCAAUGGCAAGGUUGAUUACGGAGACUUCAAGCGAGCCGUUAUUGGUGACAUGAAUGAAUACAGGAAAUCAUUUGUUCGAAAGGCCUUUAUGAAACUGGAUUUUAACAAAACAGGCAGUGUGUCUAUUAUAGACAUAAGAAAAUGCUACUGUGCAAAGAAGCAUCCUCAAGUAAUUUCAGGACAUUCCACAGAGGAAGAAAUCAAAACAUCUUUUCUAGAAACCUUAAAAGAUGCCUGCAGCAAGUCUGAUGAAGUGUCGUAUGGUGAAUUUGAAGAUUACUAUGAAGGUCUAAGUAUAGGGAUAGUAGAUGAUGAAGAUUUUGUUAAUAUCUUACGUACUCCAUGGGGAAUCUAGUUUUUUAAAAUGAGGACGUCAUCAGCGCUAAAAGGAGAGAUGAAUUGAAUGUAAAUUAUCAAGCACUGGAAUGCAUUUUUCUCAGGCUCUAUUUAUUCUGUGUGUUUGUUGUUGUUUUCUCAAAACAGUUGAGCCUGGAAGGAGAAGAAUUCAGAAAGAUAGAUGUAAGGGUGAGUGUAUAUUCAUACACAGUAUGAGUGCCUGUUUAUAAGUUUAUAAAGAUCUGUCUUUUUGAUUUAUUACUUAUCUUGAAUAUGUUUUAGAGGUCAUUUUUUAUUAGCCUUCAUAGAAAAGUAACAUCUGUAUCAAACAACAGGAGAGAAGCUAUACAGUAACCAAGUUUCUUGUCCAUUGAUUUUUUUUUGCUUAUCCAUUCCCCAAAAUAUAAUUGCCACCAUUCUCAAUUUGAUGAACUGGACUUGGGCCCAAAGCCUAUGAGACGGAAAUAGUUCAGCUUGCUUCGAACAUCUGAAAAUGUUAAAUGAGUUAAAGGAUAUACAAAAGAAAUUUUCCAUGGUGUGAUUAUAGAUGUUUUCUGUACAUAAAUAUUUAGAAUGAUGGAAGCUUCCCCAAAAAUGCUUAUUUAAAACACUGACUUGUCUUAUGAAUUCUUGUUUUCCAAAUCAUGUACUAUUGCUUGUUCAAUAGAGCACAAAGUAAUUAUUCUAGUGAUGAAUUCUAUUUGUUAUUUUAUUCUGUAUUUAACUGCAAUUCUUAUUACCUGCAUAGAAUUAUUAUUUAACGAGAAACAAUACAAAUUGGGAAGAGAAAUAUUUUCUUGGCAUAUUAAGUGAAGAUCUCAAAAAGUAUGUUACCACUUACAUGGACUAAGGGAUAAUUUAGUAAUUCUUAACCAAAAGGUAAAAAGUUCAUUUGUAUCCUAAGACGAAUGUAUGCUAUUCUAAAUAACACUUCUUUUUGGUAUAUUAAACAACUGAAACAUUCUUUUCUAAAUAGAUAUUAUUUAACAGAUGUAAUCAUUCUUUCUAAAUUCUUCCAUGUUCCUCACAUCUCCUUGGAAAUACAGAGAGAAGAAAGAACUUUUUAGAGUUACUUUCAAGUUUAUAAUUUAAAGUUUUAUAUAUUAAGAUAACAUAAAUUAGAAAAAAUAGUCUCAAGCAAAAUAAGAAGAGGUUCAAAAAUGAAAACACAUACUUUGUAGAAUAUAUUUUGGCAGAUAAUUCUUUCAUCUGAAUCCUUGGCAACAUUUUCAGAAAUGUGGUGUGUGUGAACCCCAUAAAUUUAAAGUGGAACUUUUUCAAGAUUUGAGGAGGUACUAAAGCUUUCUACUGAAAUAUCAGAAAUGAAGUAUGCACAGACAUUUUUACUGCUAUUUUCACUAGCUAAAUUCUUUAUUACUUUUUCAACUGGGUUAUUGUAAUUACAACAAUAUGCUGGAAGAUGUUUUGACAGAAAUAAGUCUAUAACACUAUUUCUUUUUCUUUUUUCUUUUUUUAAUUUAUUGGCUGCAUUAGGUCUUUGUUGCUGCACUCGGGCUUUCUGUAGUUGUGGAGAGGUGAGAGAGGGGGCUACUCUUCCUUGCAGUGUGCAGGCUUCUUAUUGCAGUGGCUUCUCUUGUUUGCGGAGCACAGGCUCUAGGCACUCGGGCUUCAGUAGUUGCAGCACGUGGUCUCAGUAGUUGUGGCAUAUGGGCUUAGUUGCUCUAUGGCAUGUGGGAUCUUCCCAGACCAGGGCUUGAGGCCAUGUCUCCUGCACUGGCAGGUGGAUUCUUAACCACUGCGCCACCAGGGAAGCCCUAUGACACUAUUUCUGAGUCAUUCUUUUUCUUGAAAAAAUUUAUCCAACUAUAGCCAUUUUAAACCCUACAAAUUGUUUUUAUGUUAAAAUGACUAAUACUCUGAGUGUUCAAUAUGCAUGUAAUAUUUUUUAUUGGUAAAUUUUUAUUCUCCUUAACGUGUAUUCUUAAUAUUGUUAUGUCAUAUUUUCCUGUUAAUAUAAUCAGAAAAUGUAUAGGCUGUCAUAUUAUAAAAAAGGGGGAGAUUCUUCUAGGAUUUAACAUAUUAAUAUAACAGCAUAUUCUUAAGUAAACCUCCACCCUCUUAAUAUAAAUAUUCAUGUGAUUAUUUGUAGGAAUUUUCUCUAUUAGGAGAUGUAACUUUUUUGUAGUUAAUUUCUUAUUAUUUUACACUAUUAUUUCCAUGUAGAGCUAGAAAAUACAUAUUCAAUAUGUUAUUUGGCACAUUUUUGUUAAAUUAUAAUUGGGGGCACAAUCAAUCAUUCUGCCUUUGCCUCACUGUCUGCACUCUUCUUUGACUUUGGUAUAGCAGAAAUCUGUUGUUUAGUAUUCAGUUUAAUAGAAGAGCAUUUAAUAGAAGUUACAUUUUCAAACAUCCACAACACAAGAAUUUACCUUUGAAGUUAUAUUGAUUAGCUUUAAAAUAUUGUUAUAUGUUAUAAUGAUGUUACAUGAAGUUUAUUGUUAAGAGUAUUUCAUUGUUCUCUAGAUCUUCCAAAGGUGGUUACUUGUUCGUGAUAUAGAAUUGCUUUUCCAGUUAACCAUACUGUUUAUUGAAUUCUAUGUAUCGAUUUUACUGUUCAUAUUCUUAUAAGUAAAGUUUUACAGGGGAAAGAAUUUUCGGGGAAAAUUUACAUUUUAUUAGAAAAGGAAGAUUAUUUAGGAAUUUUUAGCUAUAUUUUAAUUAGGAAAGAAUAUACAUUUGUAUGAUGGAGCAACUAGAGUAUAGUAUAGAUAAAAGCAUAUGUUCUUGUUUUAAAUUUUAUGGUUUAUGAACAUAUGUGCUUAAUGAACCAGUAAUUAUGCACAGGGAGAGUCACUUAGAAUAAGUCAUAAUAUUGAUGCAGCCGUAAAACACAGUUUAUUAGUUACUUUGGAUUUCUAGUCAACCUAAGUUGUCAAUUACUUCAAGAGAGAAUUGUGUAAAGUAAGCUAUGCUUACUGCAGAUUAUUUAACAUGCAUUUGUGAGAUUAUGUUAUAGUGCUUGCAAAAUAAAACACGUACUGUGAUAAAUUGUAAUCACCACUAGGCUGGCCAGCAAGAAUAAACAUCUACAGUGAAAGUGCUUAAAGAAGUAGAAGGAAAUGAGCCUGUAUAACAGAAGCCAAGCAAGAGAAGAGAAGGAGGACCCAAUGGAUUGACAGGGAUGUAUUAGAAACUGAGAAGAGAAGAAACUUCUACU